AUGGAGCUCGUGGAGGACGACCAAGUGCUGGAGGCCGCGAUGUCCCUACUGGACGAAUGCGGUAGUGUCAACAAGGCCCGAGCUAAGGAGGCGGCGGCCGUGAAGAAGACCUCUCCCAAGAUGACAAAGAAGCGGAACUACAAUCCCAACCGCGCUCGGGAGGCGCAAUCCAAGGAGCUCCAGGAGUUGCGCGCGCAGGUCCCGCUACUGGAGAAGCGUCUCAAGAUGCUGCGGCUUGAGAUAGAGAACACCGACCCGAACGCCAUGACGGUGGGGAAGCAGCAGACGAUGGAGCUGUGGAAGAAGAUGGCCAUGCACCAGCGCCAAACUCGGAUGAGCUCGGAAGAGGAGAACCGACGACUACGCCAGCUCAUUCAAGAGCACAACGAAAUCACGACGCGCAACAUCUCCACACUAGGCACUGCCUAG